UAGUUUGGGGAGCCAGUGUAGAGCUCCUUAGUGCUGGCACAGAGAGGCUGGAUGUUCCUGUGGUAGGGUAUCAAGGAACGGUGGAACUAGUGCAUAGCCUACGAUACCCCCAAUAAUAAUAUAAUUUACCAGUGGCCAGUCUCCGUUCUAUGACAGAAACUCGACCAGAUUUUGGAAUUGCGUGAUUUUACGGAAAGGUCUGUGUAAGUGUAAAUGAUGUCCCACUGCUCUCUCGCCCUGCUGCUGUGUGUGGCCAGCCUAUCGCUGCCCUCUCAGGCCCUGCCCUUCGAGCAGAAAGGCUUCUGGGACUUUGGCAUGGAUGGCGAUGGGGGGGGAAUGACGAUGAUGAUGAGGGACGAAGAGGAGGGCUCAGCUGUGAUAGAGGAGGAGCUGACACCUUCCCCUGGGUUCCCUACAUGCCCCUUUGGCUGCCAAUGUCGUCUGCGGGUGGUGCAGUGCUCUGAUCUGGGUUUGGUGGAGGUGCCAAAGUCCAUUCCAACUGACACCAAACUUCUGGACCUUCAGAACAACCGCAUCACAGAAAUCAAGGAGAAUGACUUCAAAGGCCUUUCAAACCUUUAUGCACUAUCUUUGGUGCAUAAUAAGCUCUCCAAGAUCCACCCGAGGGCCUUCGCCCCUCUUCGUCACCUGCAGAAGCUCUACAUCUCCCACAACCUCCUGCCAUCCGUGCCCAAGAACUUGCCCCCAUCCCUGGUGGAGCUCAGGAUCCAUGACAACCGCAUCAAGAAGGUGGCAGAGGGGGCCUUCUCUGGCCUGGGCAGCAUGAACUGCAUAGAGAUGGGUGAAAACCCUAUCCAGAACAGUGGAUUUGAGCCAGGGGCAUUCAAAGGACUGAAACUCAACUACCUGCGCAUCUCAGAUGCCAAGCUCACUGGAAUCCCCAAAGACCUCCCUGACAGCCUUCAUGAGCUUCAUCUUGACCGCAAUCAGAUCCAAGCCAUCGAACUGGAAGACUUGAGCCGCUACAAGAACCUGAUUAGAUUGGGCCUGGGCUACAACAAGAUCCGCAUGAUUGAGAACGGCAGUCUGUCCUACUUGCCCAGGCUCAGGGAGCUGCACUUGGACAACAAUCUCCUCACCCGGGUGCCCAAGGGCCUGCCGGAUAUGAAGUUCCUACAGAUUGUCUACCUCCAUGAAAACAGCAUCAGCACUGUUGAUGUGGAUGACUUCUGCUCCAGACGCUUUGCUACUAAGAGGACCUUCUACAAUGGCAUCAGUCUCUAUGGCAACCCUGUCAACUAUUGGGAGGUCCAGCCAGCCACUUUCCGCUGCGUUCUCGACCGCCUGGCCAUACAGUUUGGCAACUACAGGAAAUAAACAUUUCAGAAUGCAUGAGGAAACUGGGGAGGGAAGAAGGGGUGCAGAUGUGAGGGGGGAGAGUGAGAGGAGAGUAUGGUGUUGUGGAGGAAGUCAAGGGUGGAGGAAUAUGAGGGAGAGGUAGAGAGGAAGGGGAUGAUAGGAAAGUGGUGGAGUUGAAUAGGGGCAGAAACAUAGAAUGUCCCCAAAGAAGAAGAAAUUCGAACAGAGCCAGCCAGAAAAAAAAAACAGAUGGAUUUUAAACAUUAUGGUUUUGUCACUCUCAAACAUCAUGAGAAUGUGUCCAGGAUGUGAAAAAGACAUACCUUGUUUUCCAAAUAUAAUUUUACUAUGUAGGUUUCAUUAGAUCAUUUUCAUAGUUAGAAAAAGAAUAAAAACAACAGGAAGCUUAAAUAGUCAUUUUCAUCUACAAGUAGAGUUUAAUUUUCAAAUUCUCAGCCAGUAUUGUGCAACAUGUUUUUAUUUUAUUUCAUUAAUAAUUUCACAUGGAAUUGUAUUAAUGUUGCAAUUAUUAUUGUAAUUAUUAUUAUUUUUAUUAUUAUUAUAGAUGUUAUAAUUAUAAUUAUUGUGUGGUGGAGUUCUGUCCAGGUGAGCUAGACUUGAAUGGCUGAAAAUAGAUGUCUCUUAAGGUGCUCUUUUCACAUAAUGUUGUUUGUCUUCUUUGCGGUUGUAUUUCAAAGUAACUUUCCUUCAACAUACUGGCUUUGGGGUCUUGUUUUCCAUUGGGAGUUGGAUACCAUUCAGCCCUGGCUGUCUUUAAAAAACUAGCUUGUUCUGCCUUAUCCCAAUGCAAUGUGUCCGAACCUGUGCAUCCAAACCCGGCACCACGCCACGCCUUCACGAUGGGACCACUGGGCUGGUCUGAAGGUUUUGUUGGCAAGGAAGGACUGAUGGAUCAUUUUGCACAAUGUCACUCGAAAACAAAAAGAAAACAAAAAUGUACACACUGAUUUUCGGGAGGUGUGACUUUCUUGACUUUGGGACCAAUGGUGCCUUUGAUGAUGUAUUUUCUGUAAUUCUGCUAAAAGUGCUGCAUGUGAGAAUAAAUACCUUUUCAGCUUCAUUUUAGGGGCAGAGGUGAGAUACCAUCUUGGUCUGGAAGCUGUGACAAAUAAAAUGUGUUCAGAAUUAAA